AUGCAGAACAUAGGCCAUAAUCUGCUAAUAUUCGGGUCGCAGAUUGCCUACAGCGAGCAGGCAAUAAAUGGCAUCAAGAAAACACUUCAAAGCAAGUUAUGUCGUCAAUGGGUGCUUGAUAUAGUGGCAGGACUGCCAAAUUAUUGGGAUGCUCUUAAUAAAGAGCUACCUAUGUUUUUAGGCGCAGCCAGUUACGAGGGAAGGCAGCUCCUGGAAAACUUCCACGUAUGGCUUGAAAGUGAUGGACACAAAGGCAUAGAUAUCCAGGGGGGAACACUACCAGCUGCGGUGUUUGUGCCAUUGAUUGUGCUGGCACAGCUCACCGAGUACCGGCAAUAUCUGCAGAACAAAAGCAAGGGGGCCAUGUCAGAUCCUCAAGUGGAUCAAGUCACCAGAAAAGAACCUGUACUCGGUUUCUGUAUGGGUUUGUUGGGAGCUUAUGCAGUUGCUAGUGCCCAUAAUAUGGAAGAACUUGAUCACUAUGGCGCUGUAGCUGUGCGUAUAGCUAUGCUAGCAGGUGCUUUGAGCGACACUCAACACAAGCGAAACCCACAUCGAACGUAUGCAGUAGCGUGGACAAAUGCGAAGCAACAGCAAGACCUGUGGAAUAUAGUCGGUGGUAUUUCACCUGAUGCAUAUAUUUCACUGCUCUUUGACGAGGCUCGAGCCACAGUUACGGUCUCAGAACGGGCUGCAGCAAGACUCGUUAGAAAGGCUCGUGCUGCUGGGAUUGUGCUAUCAGACACAGGUUUUCAGGGCGAGCUGCAUAGCCCAAACGGCAAUUACAAAAAAGAAAUCCAACACCUUAUUGUUUUCUGUAACAAAAGGCAAGACUUCCAGUUCGCAAAAGUAAAUCGCUUGGCAUUAAUGACAUUCACCAAUGCUGGGAACGGAAAACACCUUGAGCCUGGAGAUAACACUCUCCACAGUCAUGUUCUGGAGACAUUAUUCGCAAGACAGUGCGACUGGUAUGGCACGUUUUCAGCAAUAAAGUCUGCAUAUCUUGAUAGCAGCGAGGCAUCAAUGAUAAUAUUUGGGCCAGAUAGGUGUUUACCGCCGACUCUUGUCCGCGAUAUAGGAUCAAGGGCGGUGUAUUUCGCGGAUGUUCAGGAGCAGCCAGAUCUCUGGAGGAAUGACAACCCAACGAAUGGUAACAUAGAUGAUGACAAUGCUAUUGCCAUAGUGGGGAUGUCUAUAAAAGUUGCGGGUGCCGAUGACCUGCAUGAGUUCUCCCAGCUCCUCCGCAAAGGCACCUCGCAGCAUGAGAAAGUGACACGGGAACGAUUGAACUUUGAUUCGCUUUUCCGCAAGCCUGACACUCGUGAUUACUUCUGCAAUUUUGUUCACAAUAUUGACGCGUUCGACCACAGGUUCUUUAAGCGCAGCCCCCGUGAAUCGGCAGCCAUGGACCCUCAGCAUCGCCUGCUUCUUCAAGCAGCGUACCAGGCUGCCGACCAGGCUGGCAUGUUUACUGAGAUAAUGAGAGCUAGGCGAGAAGGCAUCGAUCGAAGCCAUGUUGGUGUAUAUAUUGGCUCGCCAUCAGUUGAUUACGAGCACAACGUAGCCACGCACCCCCUUAAUGCCUUCAUGGCCACGGGUAACUUGCAGAGUUACCUUCCAGGGCGUGUAGCGAAUCAUUUUGGCUGGACAGGUCCAGCCAUUGCAUUUGACACAGCAUGCUCAUCUUCAGCAGUCGCCAUCCAUACUGCCUGCAACAAUCUUCGAAAUGGCGAGUGUUAUGCAGCGCUAGCUGGGGGUGUCUGUAUCCUAACCAAUCCACAUUGGUUUCAGAACCUAACUGAAGCAAGCUUUCUGAGUCCCACGGGCCAAUGUAAGCCAUUUGAUGAGAAAGGUGACGGGUAUUGCCGAGCUGAGGGUGUUGCCUGUGUCUUCCUUAAGCGCAUGGCAGAUGCGCGAGCUGAUGGCAACCCGAUCCUCGGUCGCCUGGCUAGUUCGGCAGUGUACCAGAACCAGAACCACACACCCAUCUUCGUGCCGAACUCACCAUCACUAGCACAACUAUUCGGGGAUGUCGUUAGAAAGGCGGGCGUGUCACCCAAGGACAUCGCUCUCGUCGAAGCUCAUGGCACAGGUACGGCUGUGGGUGACCCAGCGGAGUGGGCAGCUUUGCGGAAGGCGGUUGGCGGUCCGAUCCGAAGUCAACCCUUGCCAAUAGGUUCUGUUAAGGGGCAUAUUGGGCAUACGGAGGGCAGUUCUGGCGUCAUAUCCCUCAUCAAGGUCCUUAUGAUGAUGCAUGAAGGGUAUAUCCCGCCACAAGCUAGCUUUAGCAAGCUAAACUCUACGAUCAAAGCUGCGGCUGACUCAGACAUGAUGGAGAUUGUGACAUCGCUUAGAAGCUGGGAUAGUCGGAAUAAGGUAGUUCUGGUUAAUAAUUAUGGUGCAUCUGGGUCCAAUGCCGCCAUGGUAGUAGCAGCCCCAACUACAUCCAUUGUAAGCGAGCACCAGGGCCAGGGCGUUGCACCAUCCAUUAAGAUGCUAGAAGGACGGUUUCCUUUCUUCAUCUCAGGGUUUGACGCACGCGCAGUUAAGGAAUAUGCAGUUAAACUCGCCGCCCUCAUCAGAACUCAGCCCAGAUCUGCACUAGCAGAUCUAUCCUUUAAUAUUAACCGGCAGAGCAAUCCUGACCUACCGCAACGUUGCACUUUUCGCUGCCACUCCGUAAACGAUUUACAAAGAACGCUCGAUAGUGUAUCUGAAGCUGGCAUGGUAGAAACACAAGCCGAGAGACCUGUUGUCCUGUGUUUUGGUGGCCAAGUCUCAACAUUUAUCGGCCUUGACCGCAAGCUAUAUGACUGCAUCGCUAUCUUCCGCCAUCAUCUUGACGAAUGUGACAAGAUGGUGAAGGGCGAGCUAGGUUUGCCUAGUAUAUUUCCGGGUAUCUUCUCUCGCACACCAUUACCCGAUCCUGUAACGUUACAGGUGGCCCUCUUCUCCAUGCAAUAUGCUAGUACCCAGACCUGGAUUGGCUGUGGGCUGGCAGGCAAGGUUGUGAGUGUUGUUGGCCACAGCUUUGGUGAGCUCACGGCUUUAUGCAUCUCUGGAAUUCUGAGUCUUAAACACGCCCUCAAGUUAGUCUCUUGCCGUGCACAAUUGGUGCGUGAUGAGUGGGGCGAUGAAACGGGAGCCAUGAUGGCUAUUGAUGGCAACGAGUCGCUCGUUCAGGGGCUCCUGGAGCAUUUACGCCAACAAUUGCCUAACAAUCCUGCCACAAUCGCCUGCUACAAUGGCCCCCGGAGUUUUACCGUAGCAGGGUCAGUUACAGUUAUAGAUGCACUGGUGGAGGCUAUUGCUGGUGAUAGAUUCUCAGGGCUCAAGAGUAAACGGCUCAACGUCACUAACGCUUUCCACUCUACUCUCGUUGACCCGCUCGUUGAUCGACUAGAGCAGGUAGGCAAUGAUAUCGAGUUCAACGAGCCAUUGAUUCCGUUUGAAAGAGCCACCGAGACAGCCUUUACUGGUCCACUGACCUCUAAGUUCGUCUCGGAACACAUGCGUAACCCUGUAUUCUUCUCCCAUGCUAUACAGCGUAUAGCUAAAAAGUACCCGUCUGCAAUCUUCCUCGAAGCAGGAUCCAGCUCGACAAUUACUGUCAUGGCUAGCCGUGCGCUUACAGAACAGGUUCGCAAAUUCCAUCAUUUUGAAUCCGUCAAUCUGACGAAUGAUAAGGGCCUCGAUGGCCUCACUGAUACUACCGUUUCGCUGUGGAAUCAAGGGCUUCGUGUGGCAUUUUGGGCACAUCACGCGCUGCAGACAAAAGACUACACGCAUAUUCUCCUGCCGCCGUAUCAGUUCGAGAAGUCGCGGCAUUGGAUGGACUUUAAAUCCGCAUCAGAACUUGUAGCAAGUCUGGCUCAAAACGAAUCUGUGAACGAUCCCAAGAGUUUGCCUUUAUGGGAAUUCGUCGGCUACCAGGGCAAUGAUACCAAGCACCCACGAUUCCGCGUCAAUUUAGUAUCGGAGACGUUCAAGAGACUAGUUUCUGGUCACGUAUUUGCCCACACGGCACCUGUGCUAUCGGGAACCGUUCAGUCAGAUAUGGCUGUAGAGGCCUUGCUCAGCCUUCAUCCGGCUUGGAGGGAGCAGGGUAUGAUCCCUACGAUGCUAGAUGCUAAUAUUCCCACACCCAUCUGUGUUGACUCGUCUCGAAAAGUGUGGAUAGAUUAUGAGGCUGUCAAUGUAGAACAUACCAUGUGGCAGCUAAAUGUGUCUAGCACCAGUGCAGAAGGCACUUUGCCCAGGAGACAUCUUCACGGCCGACUCCAUAUUCGCUCGCCCGCUGAUCCUACUUUCGUAGCCCAGUUUGCACGCUUUGAGCGCCUUGUACCAUAUGAGCAAUGUGCUAGGCUGUUGGCUGAAGCGGGUGGUCCAGAUGUAGAUGUCUUGCAAGGGCGCCAGGUAUACCGAGCCUUUUCUGAGUUUAUUGAAUAUUCCGAUCAAUACAACGCCAUGCACGCUGUAGUUGGCAAGAAAACGGAGUGUGCAGGGCGAGUGCAUCGUAAACAUGCUGGUGAGAGCUUUUUGGAUAUUGCUCUCCACGAUUCAUUUAAGCAGGUCUCAGGCCUCUUCUUGAACUGCAUGUCGGAUGCGAAGCCUGGAGAAAUCCAUAUAGGAAGUGACGUUGAACUCGUCAUGCGCUCGCCACGGGGUAUUCUGCAACCAGGACAGACACAGGAUAUAUGGCAUGUAUAUGCACGGCAUUCUCAAGUUUCAGCUAAAGUGUAUAUGGCAGAUGCCUUCGUGUUCAAUGCCGCAAACGGGGAGCUAGUUGAGGUUAUAUUGGGGCUUCAGUAUACUCGUAUGAGCAUUGGGUCAAUGAAGAGGUUAUUGAUGAACCUCACAAGGGAUGAGUGGGCUUUGAACAUGAAUGCAAAUGGUGCAACGGAAAUUCCUACGCUAAAAAUAUCUCGGAGUGUUGUGGAAAGCGAUUCGAAGACGCGAAGGGAGGAGAAUAAAGAGGCCAAGGGAGUAUCUUCCCAACCACAAAAGUCUGCGCUCACUGUGGAGAUUAAGAAGGUCCUUGCUAGCGUUGUAGGUGCGGAAGUCGAUACGGUGUCGGUUAAUACAAUUGCUGCUGAUAUUGGUAUUGACUCGUUGAUGGGCAUCGAGCUGCUGCGAGAAAUAAAUACAGCAUUUGACUGUAAGCUUGACUUGCCAGAGUUACUUGCAGCCAUUACCGUGGGUGAUAUAGUCACUCUCGUUACCAGCGCCUUAUCUCAAGGUGCCUGGAGGGCUGCAGCCACGGAUGAUAGUAAUGAAGACAGUGUGGGCGAUUCGAGCCGAGAGAAAAGUCAUCCCACGACACCUGCAUCCGCUUCAGAGCCAGAAACUCCUAUCUCGACGGACGAUUUCCUUGCCAUCAAGUCCAAGAACGGGGACUUUGAAGAACAAAUGAGGACAGAUAUUAGGUCACGCGAGGCUGAAGCUGAGGGAUACGUGAGAGAAUACACAGCGGGUUGGAUGUCUGCGAAACCGACGCAUACUAGCGAGUUCGUCACAAAUUCUAAUGAUGCUGCCACCGUCAUUGUCACAGGAGCUACUGGAAGCCUAGGUGCUCACAUUGUCGCCACUCUGUCCCUGAAUUCCUCAGUAAAGACGGUAGUCUGUAUCAAUCGGCGCCGCCCCAUGCCAGCAGAAACCCGACAGGAGAACGCUUUCUCUAGCCGUGGCAUCACACUUACACCUGAAGCUCGUUCAAAGCUGCGUAUCCUGGAGACCGAUUCAUCCUUGCCCAACUUGGGACUCGAAAUAUCCGAGUAUCAGUGGCUUACACGGCAUGGCUCACAUAUCAUUCACAGUGCAUGGCCCCUGAGCGGUUCCCGUCCCAUGUCUGCCUUUACAUCACAGUUCCAGACGAUGAGAAAUCUGCUAGAUCUCGCUCGUGAUAUGGCAGCAAGCCGACGAGUUGGAUUCCAGAUGGUCAGUUCACUUAGCGUUGUUGGAUGUUCCAAGGAAUCUGUGGUUCCCGAGGAUCGUGUCGACAUGGAUUCUGUCUUGCCCCCAGGAUACGGUGAAGCGAAAUGGGUGUGUGAGCGAAUGCUAGAGGAGACGCUGCAUAAGCACCCUACGCUAUUCCGAACCAUGGCAGUUCGUCCAGCACAGAUUGCGGGUUCGUCAAUUAGCGGUGUGUGGAAUUCUGUAGAGCAGAUACCCUUUAUCGUCAAAUCGGCGCAGUCACUUGGAGCAUGGCCCAAGUUCAGCGGCACCGUAAGAUGGAUCCCUGUUGACGCUGUUGCGGAAAUACUUGUAGAUUUAUUAUAUAUUGGAGACAAGUUAGCGCCAGAACCAUGGCCUAUUUAUCAUAUCGACGACACAGUCGGCCGUCCAUGGGAUGAUAUAUCGUCCAUAUUUACCAGUGAUCUUGGUAUCCCAGAGAGCCGAUUAAUGCCAUUCAAAGAAUGGCUGGACGUGGUUGCCUCUUCAUCUAAGUCAGAAACCGAGAACCCAGCUGCAAGAUUGGUGAACUUUCUGGAACAUAACUUUGAACGAUUAUCGUGUGGCAGGCUAAUACUAGAUACAAUGAAGGCAAGACAACAUUCUCCUGCUAUGCGUGCUCUGGCCCCGGUGGGCGUUGAAGUGGCUAGAAGCUACAUCAGGGCCUGGAAAGAGACGGGAUUCCUAGAUUGA